UUUUUGAGACCCGCCCCUCGUUACGGUCCUCGCCAUUUUUUACAGGUAUUAAGGUAUUGUGACAGAGGAACCGUAACCGGUUAUGUGGUAGCAGAGGUAGGGGCGCUGUCUUGACCACUACACAGAAAAUCUUGCCCUGACCACUGACUAUGGGGCGUGGACAGCUCUGUCUCUUAUUUUUGGUUCUGUGUAUGAUUCUGAUUUCUUUGGGACUUAUUCUAACCAGUAUAGUGACAGACUAUUGGUACACGGUUAACAAUGACAAUUCUAAUACAACCGUGGCUAAUACUUUUUCGUACCAUUUCGGAAUGUGGAGAAAAUGUUACUCAAAGGAGGUACCCAAGGAUGUACCUUAUGAGAGACGUGUAAACAAAUGCGCCUACACCUAUCAGGAUCUGAUCCCAAGGGUAUCGCCAAAGAAAGCAGAGGAUGAGCGCUACCUACACAUGGAGCGAGCCUGGGUGGGCUGUGCCGUAGCCUCGGCGGGGGUCCAGAUUUUUGCCAUAAUGACAAUGAUAUGUGGUCUGUGGCCAGCUAAGUGUAACGAUGCCAAACGAUCGACACUCUAUCUCGUAUCAUCAAUCUUGUGUCUUAUAGCAGGUAUGUGUGGUAUUGCCAGCGGUAUCUGCUUCAUUGCCUUACGAGAUAUGGAUUCUACCUCACGUGACAUCUACCCCAAUAACACCACCGUGCAGUACAAUUUCUCCUUCAUGUUGGAGUGGGCAGCCAAUUCUCUAUGCAUUCUAGAAGGAUUUGUGUUUCUAUGUCUUCUUAAGAUGGACUACAAUGACAUCACUGAAACUGGCAAAUACAAUUCUUUCAUGUGAUCUGACAUCUACAAAUACUGUCAUUUUAAGCAUUUUCCACCCCCCAUCACAAACACUUGAUAAGAGUCAAAUGUCCAUGCAUGGUAAUACAUCAUAUUUCGUACCAAUGCUUUGUAAGGGUAAAGGAUGACAUUUUUAUACUACAUUAUUUAAGUGUGUGAAAAGAGUGGUUUAUACAUGUAUAUGAUUUUAAUACUCAUUUACAAAUUCUGACACAAAAGAAUCUUUAUGCAAUACUUCGACAUUUAUUUUAGAUAUUUGAUUUUUUGGAGAGAUUAAAUAUUUUAUAAUGCAGAAAAAAAUUAACACAGUUAUGAAGUAAUAUUUUUUAUAUAUAUAAAGUUUCUUUUUCUUUAUUUCUAAUCUGUAUAAUUUUUUUCCAUAAAUAUAUAUGAAUUUUGAGCAAUAAAUUUGUACACGAA